UCGCGGCCGUGCGCUUCGCUCUGCACGCCGGCUCCGCGCUCGAGGAGCUGCUGAGCUCCCCGCGGACUCAGGCAGCGGCCGGUCGACGCGGACCUGAGCUCCCUCCAGUUGCUUCCACUUGCUGAUUUCUGAGGCAAACAAGCAGAAGGAUGAGUGAGCUGGAGCAGUUGAGGCAGGAAGCUGAACAGCUACGGAAUCAGAUCCAGGAUGCUAGGAAAGCAUGUAAUGACGCAACGCUUAUUCAGAUCACAUCAAAUAUGGAUUCUGUGGGCCGAAUACAAAUGCGAACGAGACGUACGUUGAGGGGUCACCUAGCUAAGAUCUAUGCUAUGCACUGGGGAUAUGAUUCAAGGCUACUAGUCAGUGCUUCCCAAGAUGGAAAAUUAAUUAUUUGGGAUAGCUAUACAACAAAUAAGAUGCAUGCUAUUCCUUUGAGGUCUUCCUGGGUGAUGACCUGUGCCUAUGCUCCGUCUGGUAAUUAUGUCGCGUGUGGAGGGCUGGACAACAUCUGCUCUAUAUAUAACUUAAAAACCAGAGAAGGAAACGUGAGAGUGAGCCGGGAGUUACCGGGUCACACAGGCUACUUGUCCUGCUGCCGAUUUUUAGAUGACAGCCAGAUCGUUACAAGUUCAGGAGACACAACUUGUGCUUUAUGGGACAUCGAAACUGCCCAGCAGACCACCACUUUCACUGGGCAUUCUGGAGAUGUGAUGAGUCUUUCCCUGAGUCCUGACAUGAGGACUUUUGUUUCUGGUGCUUGUGAUGCUUCUUCCAAAUUGUGGGAUAUUCGAGAUGGAAUGUGCAGACAGUCUUUUACUGGACACGUGUCAGAUAUCAAUGCUGUCAGUUUUUUCCCAAACGGAUAUGCCUUUGCCACUGGCUCUGAUGAUGCCACGUGCCGGCUCUUUGACCUCCGUGCAGACCAGGAGUUACUGCUGUAUUCUCACGACAAUAUCAUCUGUGGGAUCACUUCUGUAGCCUUCUCAAAAAGCGGGCGCCUCCUGUUAGCUGGUUAUGAUGACUUCAACUGUAAUGUGUGGGACACGCUAAAAGGAGAUCGUGCAGGUGUUCUUGCUGGUCAUGAUAACCGUGUCAGCUGUUUAGGUGUAACAGAUGAUGGCAUGGCUGUGGCAACAGGCUCUUGGGACAGUUUUCUUAGAAUCUGGAAUUAAUAGUGCAUACAUGUUUUCUGUUCUCCGUUGCUAUCUGGAGAAAUCAGUGCUACAGCCUAUCGCUGUGAGAAGAAAAUUCUACCUUAUAUUUGCAGGUGAAGAUUUUUCUAUUGAGAUUGUUAUAUACAAAAAGAUUUCCGUAAACUACAAAACGAAACAAGUGGCGGGGGGAGG